AUGCAACGAUUGUCAUACACGUUUUUCAUAUUAUUAGUGAUAUUUUUAUUAUCUAUAAUUGAAUCUAAAAAAUCCUGCUCAACUUACACUGAAAGAAAAAGUGACACUUCUACAUCAAUCCGACAUAAACAUGGUCUUUUCGAAACUAGACAUUUAAAUUUGCCUGUAGAGAAAUUCAAUAGUCAAUAUCGAAAUUCAAAAAUCGAAUGGAUUCGAAAUGUUACAUAUCAAUCUCCAUUUGUUGCUGUAACAACAUACGAUCAAGAUGUCAUUUUAUCUGAAUAUGAGUAUAAUCCAAUAGGUGGUUUGCGUAUUGCUCGUAUAACACCUAAUAAUAAAGUCGUCUGGAAUCAUACUUAUGAUUUAACACCUCAAUCAUCCAUUGUUAUCGUUCAUAAAUCAUUAGAAUCUAUUUGGUUUGCUCAAUUCUCUCAAUCUACCAAUUCAUCUCAUCUAAUUGGUCUACAUGCAAUAAAUGGAACUGUUCGACAUAAUUUUACUAUAUCAAAUUAUAUAAAAUUUCAAGUAGAUUUAAAAUCUGCACACAUUUGUGCUGUAUCUUAUGAUUAUCUCUGGAAGACACCUAAUUUUUUAUUACAAUGUUUUGAUGCAUCAUUACCUAAGAGACAAUUAUUGUGGACAACUAAUUUAACAAUGGCAGAUAAAGUCAGUACAUUUAAUGUAUUCGUUUCAUCUCCAUCAAUUAAUUCAAAAAUAAAACGUGUAUAUGUAUCAACAAUGCCUGGUUAUAUUUAUCCGACUGGCUAUGGAAAUAAUUCUUUGAUGGGAAUUGAUCUUGUUACUGGAAAAUUAAUCUAUCGAAAUUGGUUAUAUACAGCCGAACAUUGGUUAUCUAUUGGUCAUCCUCUAUCAUCAUCAAAUGAAAAUGGAAUUGUGUAUCUAUCAGGACGAACAUUAAUGGCAUUCAAUGGAGAAAAUGGUACAUUGAGAUUUUUAAGAGCACGACCAGCAACGUAUGACGAACGUGUUGAUAGUGCGAUCAAUGAUACAAGUAUUAUUAAUAUUAAUUAUCUUGGUGAUUUUACAUAUCGACAAAUUUUAUCAUUAUGGGACGGUGAUAAAGGUCAAUUAUUGUGGAAUGUUAGUGUACCGAAUAAUAAUUUCUAUGUAAAUUAUCCAGUAACCACUACCGUUCGUAGACAUGAUCAUUUACAUUUGACUGCACAAGAUUAUUUUAUUAUUGGUCGUUUACCAUCAUCUAAUGAACCAGUUUGGAAAUUCAAUACAUCUGUGGCACAAGGUCGUGUAGCACGUCUUGGUGUUACUAACGAAAGUUUAUUUGUUGUAGUUGUUUACUAUGAACAUCAAGAAUUAUGGAAAAUAUCAUUACCUGAAAUAUUCAUUCAACAAGUGCAAGAAAAAUAUUCAUUUUCAUCGAACUAUACACAAUGUGGUGCCUAUUGCAACAAUUAUACUGAUUGUCUUUUAUAUUCUUGUGGUAAAUGUGUUGAUAAUCGAUGUACUAUACCAGAUUCCUUUCCGACAUCAUGUAUGAAUGAAGGUGAUUGUAAUCAAAUGAUUACAACAUGUCUUAGCGGAUCUUGUAAAACAAUGUGGCCAGAUUGCUUUGGACAAUGUAAUGGUUAUUGGACAAAAUGUUAUUCAAUUGAUUGUUCGCGUUGUGCUGGAUAUGAUUGUCAGUCUUAA